AAUAUUCCAAAACAACAACAACAAUCAACAAAAAACAACAACACCAACAACAACAAAAUAAUAAUUUUCCAUUUUGAUUUCAUGGUGACUCAAGUCAGUCAGGGGAUUAUAAGGAGGAAGUAAGAUAGAGGAAGGAAGUACAAAUAAGGAGAAAACUCAGAUCACAAGAUUAGUUUCUGUGUGGGAGCACAACACCCUAAAAAAGACCCCUACUUAAGAAACCUAUACGUUUAAUUAUAGAAAAUAUAGCGAGGCAAAAGAAAAAAGCCACAGCUGUGCAUUGACCAUUUCUUAAAAUUAGAUCAGAUGACCUAUCACAGGAGUUUUUAUGCGCCACUCUCUACAGCAGCAGGUGUCCUUAUACUGAAAGAGGAAGGAUAUGUGGGCUUCAGCUUCAGUUAUCUGAUCUGUCUCACCCACAUCUCUCCCACCCCUCUCUUUCUUUCUCUCUCGCUCUCUCUCUGUCUAAAAGCUAAACAGGCCUCAAUGUAAGGCAAAGUUGAAGAUAAAAGAAUACUUACUGGCAUAGUGGAAAAAACAACCCAGACUCUUCUAAGUCUGGUUUAUGAGAUGUUUUUUGCGUGUGCUGAGAAACCAUGAGCUUUUCUAAUGUAUUCUCUGUGCAAACUUCUGCGGUUACAUUCUUUAUAUGGUGUCCUACUGCAUAUCAUUUCUGAUGCAUGUGAAAAAGACUUGUACCUUGUACCUCCUAGCUGACGUUUUGAUAAUCAUAUAUGGUUGUUUUGUCAGUUGAGUGAACUUGUGUAUGUGUUUAUGUGUUAAUGUUCUUAUUAAUGUCCAAGCAAUGGGAUGAAAAGCACAGCAAACAUAUGAGAUCAUGAGGUGAGAAUUAACAGGUGUUUGAAAACAAUCUCGAUAGGUUGACAAGUGCAGCCUACUUUGGUCUGCCCUCACACACUGCUAAGGGCUAGUGGUUCAUAAAAAAAAAAAAAAAAAAAAAAAAAAAAACUAUAAGGCAGUAUGAUCUUCCUUGUUGGUCUCUUAGAGGGGUUUAUGUCAUUCUAGCACCACUUUGGGCAGUUUGAGUUUGAGUUCAGUUUUUGAUGAGCAGAACAACGGACAUAGGCUACUACAUUACUUUUAGUUUUUGCAAUAUGUUAUAAUAUACAGUACAAUGCAGUUUGAGAUUUCUUGGCUAGACCAUUUAAAUAAGUUUCACUGAGUGCUUAAGACGAAACGAACAACUUCUUUUUGAAAAGUAGGUGCUGUAUUACCACAGGAUUGACUCCAUCUGUCUGUUGCAAUGGAAUAUAGUCACCUUCUCAUGCUCUUCAUGACUUUUCUGAUCUCCAGCACAGCAUCCAGAAACCACGUGUUUGUACAGACAGGGGACUCUGUUACACUGGACAUUAAAAAUAAAACACUUCCACCUUUUAGAAGAUUUGUGUGGAUAAAUAAUAAAUCAGAAAAUGUAGUCAGAUUUUUAAAUGAAUCAGGUUUAAAACCUCACAGUUUAUAUAAGGACAGAGUGUAUCUUAAUACUGAAACCUUCUCUCUAACAAUGAAGAACAUACAGAAGACUGACAGUGGACUCUACACUGCAAAAGCAACUGGACAACAAGAAACUACUGUUGUUGAACACAAUGUAUCAGUUAUAGAUCCAGUGGAUUCUCCUGUUCUGAACUGGAAUGCCACCACGAUCAGUGUGAACUCCUGUAUUGUGGACGUCACAUGUAGUGGUCACGUCCUUAAACUCAGCACCAGCUACCAGAGCAACAACUGCAGUCAAGUGCAAGUGACAUCUUUUGAAAUGCAGACUCUAACUCUGCACUGUAUAGAAAACAUAAUUGUUUGUAACUAUAGUAACCCAGUCAGCUGGAAGAAUGACACCAUAGAGAUUAACCCCAUUUGUGCACCUCAUGAGCACACCUCAACACAGAAUCCCAAAGAAAAUGACAGGACUUUUCCUCUUCAUUGGCUGUUGAUCAUCGCUGUUGCUCCACUGUUGGUUUUUGCAGCAGUUUCUGUAAUAUGCUGCUCUAACAAGAGGAGUAAAAAAGGUGUCCAAGAAGAGGAUCAUACAAUAUAUGCACAAGUUCAACCAAAGAAUAAAGAGCAAAGACCCCUGGAGACGUUGGAGGGAUCAACAAAUCCUCAAACUGUCUAUGGGUUUACAGAAGAUCACAAACAAACUCAAAAUACCAGUCAGAACAUGCCCAAUCCUGAGGCGCAAACAGAAAACCAGCCCAGCACCACCUACAGUACAAUAGGACAACACCAAAAAUCAUCAUUACCCACUAAAACAGACCAUACAAUUUAUUCAACAGUGUGUAAAUCCUCACAUGGGAGACAACCAGGUCUUUCAUAGCUGAGGAGGAAUAUAUGUAAAAAUGUCACUGCAACCAGUAGAUGCUGUUUUUGUCAAUACUUUGUCAAGCAUGGCCGCCACACCAGAGCCUCCAGUCGUCAAGGCCGCCACACCAGAGCCUGAACACAACAGAGUCGUGUGUAUGUUCUUCAUAAACUCUUCAUUAAGUUUUCAGGUCUUUUAUUUUGAAGUUUAGUCAUGGUUUCCUGUCAUGUGCUUCCCGUGUGUCUUGUUCUAAUUUGUUCUUUUGGUCAUGUGUAACAUUCUCAUUGGUUCACUGUUUGAUUGCUCACAGGUGUUUCUUGUUAGCCAUUAGUUUGUUAUAUAGCCCCACUGAUACCAUUGUCUCUUGUAUAGGUUUGCAUAGUUUGUUUCAUGAACAAGUCUCUGUUUAUCUUGUAUUUUUUCAUGUUUUUGGAUUUAAAUAAACUGCCAUUGGGUUCACUUCAA